CGAAUCGCACUUGGAGAGGGUAACAAUCAACGGUGGCGUUGUGCCUUGUGUGCAGUAAUGUGGAAAGUACUGCUGAUCGGAUCGACGGUGUUGGCUUUUGUAGCGUUGCAGUGCCAUGCGACGGAUGAUUUACCAAAAGAUCGUACUAAGCUACGCAAGCUGUUCCCACUAACGAUCAUACAUAUGAACGAUCUUCAUGCGAGAUUUGCGGAAACUUCCGAAAGAUCGUCCAAGUGUAAGGGAAGCGAGGGUGACACAUGUAUCGCCGGUAUUGCACGUGUAUUCCACACCGUACAGUCGCUAAGAAAGAAGCAUCCAAAUCCACUCUUUUUUAACGUCGGUGACAAUUACCAAGGAACGAUCUGGUACAACUACCACCGAUGGAAAGUAGUCGCCCGGUUCAUCACACUGAUGCGUCCAGAUGCGAUGACACUCGGAAACCAUGAGUUUGAUGAUGGGUUAAAAGGUUUAAGACCAUAUCUGAACGCUCUCGCAAACAAGACGAUACCAACGGUAGCGACGAACUUAAUCCGAUCGAAGGACCCGUUUCCUACCUUACCUGCUUCAGUGAUCCUCAACCGAGAUGGACGAUCGAUUGGCAUUAUAGGGGUGAUAGCUGACAAAACACACGAACUUUCCAACACCGAAAGCAUCACAUUUUCUGAUUCUGUCGCUGCAGUACGCACAGAAUCGGAAUCCCUAAAGAAACGUGGUGUGGACAUUAUAGUGGUGUUGUCACACUGUGGUCUGGAGGUUGACAAGCAGAUCGCAAGAGAAGCGGGUGAUCACGUGGACGUGAUCGUUGGAGGACAUUCGCAUUCAUUUCUUUUUCCCAACGCUUCCAAACUGCCCCACAGCAAAUUGGAUAACAUUCUCGGCGAUUACCCAGUGGUAGUAAACAAUAAGAACGGACGUAAGAUUUUGAUUGUUCAGGCCUAUGCAUAUGGGAAGUAUGUGGGCCGUUUGACGGCUUACUUUAAUGCGCAAGGAGAAGUGAAACACUGGGACGGAUUUCCGGUGUACCUUUCGAACAGAAUUCCACAGAGCCGAGUGGCGCUUACCAUUCUGGAACCGUAUCGGAAGCAGGUGGAAGCUUACGGUGCAACCAAAAUUGCCGAAACGCAGGUCGAUCUUGUGCAGAACAGCUGUCGUCUGAGGGAGUGCAACUUGGGAUGUCUUGUGGCGGAUGCGAUUGCCGAUUACUAUACCAACAAAACGUUCCACCCGAUCGCUCUUAUCAAUGCCGGGAAUUUCCGUGCCCCAAUACCCAAAGGAUAUAUUACAAAUGAGGAAGCAAUCGGAGCGAGUCCAUUCUCGAACACCGUCGAUCUGGUGACGCUGCGCGGUGAUGCACUGUGGAACAUCGUCGAGCACUCGAUCGUGUGGGAUAGUGUGAAGCGUAUGAAUGUGGCACAAGUGUCGGGAAUGCGUGUAGUGGCGGAUCUUGAUCGCGCACCGUAUAAUCGGGUACUCUCGAUCGAGGUGCGUAAUUUGCACGAUGGUAUCACCUACGAGCCAUUGGAUUGCAAGGCUAAUUAUAAGCUGGUGACAAUGUCGUUCAUUGCCACCGGUAAGGAUGGAUUCCGUUGGGCGUUGGAGCGACUCGAUCGUCAAAUUGGUCCACUGGAUUCGGAUGUUUUUAUCCGAUACCUGAAGAAGCUUCAGGUGAUAAACGAAACGAAUCUGAUCUGUGGGAGAAUGAUCAUAAACGGUACGAUCAAAUCGUAAAAAUGUUUGAAAAAAAAAUGGUUGUUAAGUGAAAAAUGAUUUGUGAAAUUAUGUAAAAAAAAACAAAAACUGAACAAUGCUUUGAUUAGCAAAUUGAUUUGAAUGCUUCUUGCAAGUAUUACAGCUAGAAUAAAAAAAUACUAUACAGGUUCCGAUCUCGGUGAUUGCAUCAUUGUAAAGAACACAAAGUUGUAUAAAGAGCAAA